CCACGUACUCUCUGUCUCUGCACCGUGUUGUCUUGUCUCCUGCACACUUUCCCAAUGCCCGAGGUCUUCCAGCCGGAUUAAUGGAAGGCAGGGCAGGCAGCAGCCGCGUGUUGAGAUAAAUGCAGUUAGCCGGUGUGGGCAUUACUCCGUUUCCCCUUCGCUCGUCUCCCUCUCCCAAGAUCCGUUCUCGCCAUGGUUUCUUGAGGGCUCACGGAGCUUGGAAGUGAAGCGGGCCGUGAGGUGCAACCACCGUGCGUCCGUGCACAGCGCUGUGGUCUAGGAGUGGAGAUAUCUCCGUCGCCUUCCGUUCCCCGCCGCGUCUGACGGCAGCCGCCGCUUCCGAGUCCCAGCUGAGGUGAGGCCCGGCGCCAGUCGCCUGUUUGACGAAAUGCCUGAGAGGCGCAAGAAAGCUGCGGCCAGCGGCGAGGACCGCAUCAGCACCCUCCCCGACGCGCUCCUGCUGCACACGUUGUCUUUGUUGGCGUCGGAGGAGGCCGUGCGGACUUGCGUGCUCGCCCGUCGGUGGCGUAAUCUCUGGAGGUACACUCCCAGCCUGCGCCUCAUCCAUGACGACGACAUUGACGUCGACAUCGACGUCGACGAAUCAAGCCUCGUCCAUGACGACGACACCGACUUUGACAAGCCAAGGUUCAGCAGCGCGGAGCAUUUCAACAAGUUCGUGAGCCAUUUGAUCGUCCUCCGCCAUCGCUCCCCUCUUGUCAACUGCGAGAUUGAACUCUAUCCAGACGAGGAUCCUGGGACAUGCCAAUAUAUCCAAGCGGUCCAGCUAUGGAUCCAGUACGCUCUAGCGUGCCAGGUUCAGCUGCUCAAUAUUUUUGACAACUACGGCGACCAACGAUUGCUCCUCAAUGUUCCUUUCAUCUCCUCGUACCUGAUGACCGUACAUCUUCGGAAUGUUAGCUUAGAGUGCUCUAUGAAUCUCUCGAGCUGUCUGGUAUUGGAGAACCUGGAGAUGACACAUUGCAACAUUUUCAUGCACAAGAUAUCAUCCAAAUCACUCAAGCGUUUGAACAUGACGGAGUGUUUCUUCCGUACUGAAGUCCGCACUCGGUUCUCUUUCCCGGGUCUUCUUUCGCUGCAUCUAGAAGAUGGUGAUUUCAGGACUCCUCUGCUUGAAAACAUGCCAUUGCUUGAGACAGCAUUCAUUAGGUUGGAAGAAAGAUGUUUGGAUCGAUGUGAUAAUGGCGACGGAAAUUGUGAUCAAGAAAGCUGCGAGGGCUGUUAUGGUUUUCAUCAUUAUCAGAGUGUUCUUCUUAAUGGUUUGUCCAAUGCUAUCAAUUUGGAGUUGUUAGCUGAACCUAAAAAGUAUAUCUUCAGAAGGGAUGUGGCAUGGUGCCCCAUAUUUGGCAGGUUGAAGACUCUCGUACUCAAUGAGUGGUGUGUGGCUGUUGACAUGUAUUCACUAGUCCGUGUUCUCCAACGCUCACCAAUUCUUGAGAAGCUCACUCUGCAGAUUAAUAAUAAUAGGGACAUCAAAAGCGCAAUAGGAGUAGAAGGAAACCAUAUUCCAGCAAAACUAUCAUUUGUAUGCACACAACUUAAGGUAGCCAACAUUGAAUGUCAAGAGCUCAAUGAGAAGGUUUACAUAAUUUGGAAUAUUUUGAGGGCAUGUGGCGUACAUCCUGAGAAAAUUAGCAUCAAGAUCAAACAUACAGUCUCCAGUUUUGAUGGGAUGUAGUUGCUUCCGUGUAAUGCAGCACCAAAUGCAACACCUCCGACCACUGAUGGGCAACAAACCCGUGUGUUUGGUUUGCCUUGUUGUCCUAUGCUUUGUGUUUGUCGAGAACGGCUGUAAUGGUGGUGGUGGUGGUGUCUGUUAUCAGUGUUUAAUAUCUCAUUUUCCUAUCUUUUGGCUAUCUCCUCUGGAAAUUUGGUUGUGAUCUCAAUUUCGUACAACUCAGGCGAACAGUUUGGAGUUCGGUUAGGUGGUAAUGUGUUGGAAUAUGAUCGAGACCUUGUGUACUGUGUUGUGUAUUAUGACCUGUUGUCAGUUCCAUUUCAUUGGAUUAAUGGCGUUUGGAACUGUUAACAGAAAUUCUUUAGAUGCUGGAUGUCUUAUUGAUGCUGAAUUGUCGAUA